GUUUCUUCUGAGAGAGACGGCAAUAAGCUUCAAUUUUUGUAGUCUAUUUAUCGUUAAAUAAAAUAUAUAAUUAAUAUUAAAGAUAAAUUAAAGUAAAGUAAGUGGAUUUCCCAUUGAUAACCGGUUUUUUGACCCGCGUGUUAUUAAAUCGACCGCAGUUAAUGCCUGACUUUCUUAAUUCUCAGUGAAAAUCGUGAAUCUUAUUAAAAUGUAUCGAAAACCAUUGAUAUUUGCGGCAAAGUAUUAUAAUAUUACGCGAAGUUAUUCAAUAAAUAAUGGCAUCUUUAAAAUUAGCGAUGAAAUCCGGACGUGCAUCAAUGAGGGUAAACCGGUGGUCGCGUUGGAAUCAACAAUAAUUACACAUGGAAUGCCAUUUCCAAAAAAUGUACAGUGUGCAUUAGAAGUGGAAGAAAUGGUCAGAGCUGAGGGGGCAGUACCUGCAACAAUUGCCAUAUUAAAUGGAGUAGUAAAAGUUGGACUUUCAAAGGACGAUAUUGGAUCUCUUGGUGAUAUAAGCAAUAGUGCGCCAGUGAAAACCUCUAGGCGAGAUUUUCCUUAUGUUUUAAGCAAAAAAUUAAAUGGUGGAACUACUGUUUCUGGGACAAUAAUAGCCUGCCAACAAGCAGGUAUCCCAAUUUUUGCCACAGGCGGUAUUGGAGGCGUUCACAGAGGCGCUAGUGAAACUUUCGACAUUUCAGCAGAUUUAACAGAACUGGGACGCUCAAAUGUAUCAGUUAUAUCAAGUGGUGUAAAAUCAAUACUCGAUAUAUCAAAAACUUUGGAAUACUUGGAGACCCAAGGAGUUUUUGUUGCUACACUAGGCUCUAGCAACGAUUUUCCAGCAUUUUAUGCCAGAUCUAGUGGUUGCAAAGCUCCAUAUUGUGUUAAAGAUAGCUGUGAAGCAGCUGAAAUGAUUAAGGCUCAUAGAGAUAUGGGUUUACAAUCUGGCAUGUUAUUUGCUGUGCCUGUGCCUGAAAAGUAUGCUCUUAAUCCAGAAAUCAUAAAUAAGGCAAUUCUUGAGGCACUGGGGAAAGCACAAGAUAAAGGUAUAAGUGGUAAAGACACUACUCCCUUUUUAUUAUCUGAAAUUGCUACAGUAACUGGUGGAAAUUCCCUAGAGACCAAUAUAGCUUUAAUUAAAAAUAAUGCCAAAGUUGCUGCCCAAAUUGCAAUGGAUUUAGCUCGAUUUAGUUCCCGCCAAAUUGAAGUUACAUCUAUGAAUCAACCUGUUAUUAUUGGAGGAUCUAAUGUAGAUUGUAUUGCUCAAUUAGAUGAGGAUUCAAUUAAACUGAAUGGAGGGAUGCAUAUGGCAAGAUUUGAAUAUAAAGCAGGAGGUGUUGCAAGGAAUAUGUGUGAGGCUUUGUCCAAAUUAGGAUGUGACUCGACCUUUAUAUCUGCUAUAGGAGAUGACUAUCAAGGGAAAUUUCUAACAAAGCAACUGCCACUUCAAUAUAAAAGGCAUAUUUUAAAAAUAUCUGGAGAGCAUACAGCUCAGUGUAUAGUUGUAAUUGAUAAAAAGGGUGAUUGUACAUUUUUAGUGGGAGACAUGAAUAUCCAUGGCAAAAUAUCUGCAAAUGUAUUAAAAAAUCAUGAAGAUUUAAUCAAAAACUCUCCAUUGGUGAUUAUUGAUGGUAACCUUUCAGAGGAAGCUAUGGCAGCAGCAUUACAUCUAGCCAAGAAGUAUAAUAUUCCAGUAUUUUAUGAGCCCACUGACGUUGCUAUUGCAGAAAAACCUUUUACUACAGACUGUUGGAACAGCAUUAAGUUUAUAACUCCAAAUUUAAAAGAAUUACAAGUAGUGGCCAGGCAUUUUAAAUUACAAGUUAACAAACACUUUGACAAUGAACUUGAGGAGGCUGCGGCAUUAGCAAAAGUACUUGUACCUUAUAUUGAUAAUGUAAUUGUCACUUUAGGUCCUCAGGGAGUACUAAUAGCAAGGAAAGGUGAAGCAACAGAUAGUCUUCUAUGUAACAAUUUGACAAGUGUAUCAGUUAGACAUUAUCCACAAAAAAUACUUAGUGAUAUAAUCAAUGUCAGUGGGGCAGGCGAUUGUUUUGCUAGUGGUUUUGUAGCAGCUCACCUUAAAAACUUACAUGAAGCUAGGUGUGUUUCAGUUGGGUUUGCAGCAGCUAAAUCAGCAUUGUAUGCUGACUCACCUGUGCCAAAUAAUUUGUUUGAUAGUGAACAUGUGUCUUGGAAAAUUGAUGCUUCAUUUGUUACUUUAUAGUGAACAAUGGGAUACUGAUAUGCCCUCAACUAGUGAAAUACUUUAUAGAGUUUAAUUAUAAUUUUUAUAUAAAUAGAUCUUAAAACAA